AUGUCGCUCCCACAGAGGCCCGGGCAAGAGUCGCCCAAGGCCAAAGGCUAUCGAAACUCCAGCUCGCGGCGGCAUCGGGCUGUCGACAUCGAAACAGGCGAAUUUCACACCGUCGAUGUACCUGCCAAAGAUCGUCGUCGCCGUGGCAAAUCUACCUCAUCCUUUGCCGAAACCAUUUCCAACCCUAAUAACAAUCCCGAUACCGCGCCUCUCCAGGGCAGCAGCUCACCGCAACCCGAAGACCACAUCUCGCGAAAACGCAGCCUGAUUCGCCCUGAGCGCAACCGCAUCGACAAGGACCAUCGCAACUACCACUACCAUAAGCAUUCCGCUCGAAUGAAUGUUCUGCCGUCCUCCACCGGCAAUGAUCCUCUCCUCGAGAACUUCGACACCACCACGGAACGAUCCGGCGGCUCCCACGCCUAUGAGACCGUCUCGGAGAAUUCCAAGGAGAAUAAGACCCGUGCUCAAGAAAAAUCGAGCCCACCCCGGCCACCUCGCCGCGGUAGGCAUGGAAAGAUUGUCAAAGAGAGCAAGAUCAAGCCCAGGCGCAAACACAAAGCUGUAGAGGACAAGCUGCGUCCCCCAACCAUCUGGAACGUCUACUGCUCUCUUGUUACCUUUUGGUGUCCCGCCUUCAUACUGCGUUGCUGCGGCAUGCCUGCCAAGGCCCAACAGCGCGCUUGGCGUGAGAAGAUGGGCUUGAUUAGCAUUAUUCUCAUGAUCAUGGCCGUCGUUGGUUUUCUCACCUUUGGUUUCACUGCCGCUGUCUGCAGCGCUCCUCCCAUCCGCCUCCGCAACAACAGGGUCUCGGGCGGCUACAUGAUUUUCCACGGUGUCGCCUACGAUCUGUCCGAGUCGCACCACCCCGUUGCCGAGGGCAUUCCUCGCCGCCAGGACGGCACCGGCGCCAAUGUCUUGUACGAUUUGCCCGAAAAGCACACCGGCCAGGACGGAAGCUUCCUAUUCCAAAACGUCAACGGUGCCUGCAAGAACAUCAUUACUGCCGCACCAGACUCUGAUGUCCCUACCAACGCCAACGGCGACCUUGCCUGGUACUUUCCAUGUACCACGACCAACCAGGAUGGCUCGACGCAACCCAACCUGACGAUCCCCUACUAUCUUGGCUACGCCUGCCACACCUCCAACCCCGCACGCAACGCUUUCUACAAGGGGCUCAAGGGUGCCGCCGAUGUCUACUUUUCUUGGCAAGAUAUUCGCAACAGCUCGCGCAACCUGAUAGUGUACUCCGGCAAUGUUCUCGAUCUCAACGUUCUCAAUUGGUUCAACGAAACUCAGGUUCGCAUUCCCGACCGUUUCAAGGAGCUUCGCGACACCAAUUCUCCCUUCAACAAGGCUGUCCGUGGCCGCGAUGUCACUCGCCUAUUCCAGAGCUCCGAGGACAAAAAGUACGCCCAGUGUUUCGAGGAGAUUAUCAAGGUUGGUUCCGUCGACACUGAAACUGUUGGCUGCAUCGCUUCCAAGGUUGUGCUCUACUGCGCGUUGGCCUUGAUCCUGUCCGUCGUUGUCGCCCGAUUCUCCCUCGCCCUAGUCUUUCAGUGGUUCAUCAGCCGUACCUAUGCCGCCCACAAAACCUCGCAAAGCUCCGACCGCCGCAAGCGCAACAAGCAGAUUGAAGAUUGGUCCGAAGAUAUCUACCGUGCACCAGCGCGUCUCCCCGGCGAACUCGGCAGUACCGCAGCCGGUUCCGAUCGCAAUAGCAAGCGCGCUUCCACAUUUCUCCCAACCACCUCUCGUUUCUCUGCUAUCAAUCCUGGCGAGCGCAGUUCCAACGCCCGCGGCCGUCUCCCUACCACCAUGUCCAGCCAAGGCGGCAGCGCACUGCUCCAGCCAAACUCUGUCUAUAAACAAAGCAACGACAGUCGCGCCAGCUUCCUCCGCUCAGAACCCUACGGCAACACCACCUCGACCGAUGGACCUGGUCCCGCGGGUUUCAUCCAUGACUCUGUUGUUCCCCAACCACCCUCUGAUUGGAUGCCUUUUGGCUUCCCCCUUGCCCACACUAUGUGUCUGGUCACUGCCUAUUCCGAGGGUGCAGAAGGCAUUCGUACCACUCUCGACUCGAUUGCCAUGACCGAUUAUCCCAACAGCCACAAGGUCAUUCUCGUAAUUUGCGAUGGCAUCAUCAAGGGCAAGGGCGAAUCAGUGUCUACCCCGGACGCCUGUUUGUCCAUGCUCAAGGACCACACCACGCCGCCAGAGCUCGUUCAGCCAUUCUCUUAUGUCGCUGUAGCUAGCGGCUCCAAGCGACACAACAUGGCCAAGGUGCACUGCGGCUUUUAUGACUAUGGUGCCAACUCGCGCAUCCCUCAGGAGCGCCAGCAGCGAGUCCCCAUGAUGGUGAUUGUCAAGUGCGGCACGCCCGCCGAGUUUGGUGGUUCCAAGGCCGGUAAUCGUGGUAAGCGUGACAGUCAGAUUAUCCUUAUGUCAUUUUUGCAGAAAGUCAUGUUUGACGAGCGGAUGACGGAGCUUGAGUACGAAAUGUUCAACGGCUUGUGGAAGGUGACUGGUAUAUCGCCCGACUACUACGAGAUAGUGCUCAUGGUCGACGCCGACACCAAGGUCUUUCCCGACAGCCUGACGCACAUGGUGUCGGCCAUGGUCAAAGAUCCGGAGAUUAUGGGUCUCUGCGGCGAGACCAAAAUUGCCAACAAGCGCGCCAGCUGGGUUUCUGCCAUCCAGGUCUUUGAGUACUUUAUCUCACACCACCUCGCCAAGUCGUUUGAAUCUGUGUUUGGUGGUGUCACCUGUCUGCCCGGCUGUUUCUGCAUGUACCGUAUCAAGGCGCCCAAAGGCGGCCAAAACUACUGGGUGCCCAUCCUGGCCAACCCCGACGUGGUCGAGCACUACUCGGAGAAUGUGGUUGAGACUCUGCACGAGAAGAACCUGUACCUGCUGGGCGAGGAUCGCUACCUGACAACUCUGAUGCUGCGCACAUUUCCGAAGCGCAAACAAAUUUUCGUGCCGCAGGCCGUCUGCAAGACGACCGUCCCUGACGAGUUCAUGGUUCUGCUCUCCCAGCGCCGUCGCUGGAUCAACUCAACCGUGCACAACCUUAUGGAGCUCGUUCUUGUCCGUGACCUCUGCGGUACCUUUUGCUUCUCCAUGCAGUUUAUUAUCUUUGUCGAGCUCGUUGGCACACUUGUCCUGCCCGCCGCCAUUGCCUUUACCUUUUACGUCGUCAUCACCUCGAUCAUCCAUCAACCCGUGCAAAUCAUUCCGCUCGUGCUGCUCGGCCUCAUUCUCGGCCUCCCCGGCGCGCUGAUUAUUGUCACGGCGCACUCAUUGUCAUACGUCGCCUGGAUGCUCAUCUACCUCGUCUCGCUGCCCAUUUGGAACUUUGUGCUGCCCACGUACGCGUUCUGGAAGUUUGACGACUUCUCGUGGGGCGAGACGCGCAAGACGGACGGCGAGGUCAAGGGCAAGUCGGGCCACGAGGCCGCCGGCGAGUUUGACAGCUCCAAGAUUACCAUGAAGCGCUGGGCCGAGUUUGAACGUGAGAAGCGCUCCAAGGGUGCGUACUGGGCGUCGAGCUCCCGCGACAACCUGACGUCGACGGGCGGCUGGGCGCUGCCGCCGGCGGCGGGCCAUGAAGACUAUUAUUCGGAUGCGUAG